CUAGGUUCACAUGGACGCGCGUACACGCGCGUUAGCCCGCCGCAAAACGCGCGUAUGACCGUUCAGAUAGCUGCGUUUUACGCGCGUUGAAUAAAGCAGUGUAAGUAAUAAAUAAUAGAUAUCAAAGUAAAUAAUAUUUUAGUACAGUUCAGACAUCCAUCGAGAAUGGACGUAGUAGAUGCUGUGUGUUUAUGGGUUGUCCACCGAAGGAUAAGAAGACAAAGACAAAAAAGGGAAAGAAAAUAUUGGGUUCAUCCAAUUUUAAAAACAAGACUUUCUUUUAGUCUUUAUAUUACCUUAUAUCCAAAACUUCGAGAACACGAUGACAAAUUUUUUAAUUAUUUUAGAAUGUCUAUUAAAUCAUUUGAUGAUCUAUUAGACAUAAUUAAAGAUGAUCUAGAAGCUGAUGAAAAUGCAAUAAGAUAUUGCAUAUCACCAAACGAAAAACUUAUCGUCACUUUAAGAUACUUGUCAACAGGUUGCUCAAUAACCGAUUUACACUAUAAUUACAAAAUUGGAAUAUCUACUUUGAGUGGCAUAAUACGUCAAGUAUGCCAAAUUCUAUGGAUGAAAUUAAAGAAUAUUGUAAUGAAUGAACCUUGUAAACAGACAUGGUUAGAUAUUUCAACCGAAUUCGAAAAACGUGCAUAUUUCCCGAACUGUAUAGGAGCGUUGGACGGUAAACAUGUACGAAUUACUCAACCACCAGAUUCAGGUUCAAUCUAUUAUAAUUAUAAACAUUUUUUUUCUUUGGUUUUGAUGGCAUUGUGUGAUUCAAACUAUUGUUUUAUAUGGGUCGAUAUUGGAGGUUAUGGUAAAGACAGCGAUUCAGGGUUAUAUAAAAAUCUACGUUGUAUAAAAAAUUGACUGAAAAAAAAUUAGAUAUUCCCGAUCCCAAAUCUCUAACAGAUAAUGAUGGUAUAAAAGUUCCAUACGUCAUUGUAGCUGACGAAGCAUUUGGUAUGACAGAAAAUUUAAUGAGACCUUAUGGUGGUAAAACUUUAUCCUACGAAAAAAAAAUUUUUAAUUAUCGGUUAACUUUGGCCCGUCGAUUUGUAGAAUGCACAUUUGGCAUUAUGUGUAGUAAAUGGCGAACCACUAGAUGUUAAGAUCGAGUUUGCAGAAAAUAUUGUUAAAGCUAUAUGUGUCUUACAUAACUAUGUCAGAGUGAGAGACGGUUUCAAAUAUGAAGAUACGCUUUAUGAAGCACCAUUAUCAAAUCUUAAUCCAACCUAGUAUACUGGUCGUAAUGUA